AUGUCGUUCAGGACGAAAAAACCUUCCCAAACUGGCCAAAUUGCAAAAAUUUUAGCCGAAAUGGUUAUACGAGGCGGCGAUGUGAUUUGUUUGCACGGCACCGUCGGUGCCGGGAAAUCUCUGUUUGCGAGAGCGUUUAUUCGUUCCGCGUUGAACGAAGGUUUGUCUUUGUCCGUCACGUCUCCGACGUAUCUGAUUCAGAACACGUACGAGAAGGACGACGAGAGCGAUACGAUGAAAGGCGUUCAAAAGGUGCACCAUUUUGACCUGUAUCGAUUACCAGACGAAAAGAGCGUGAUGCAGUUGAUUGAUUUAGAGGAUACUUUUUCAAAUACGAGCGUGUCAGUGUUCGAAUGGCCGGACAGGUUGGGGUCUUUGAUUGAAAAAGCGGAGAAUAGAGUGGACGUGUUCAUAUCGGCGUCGGCUGAGAUAAACUCGAGCGAGGAUGAUUUUGAAAACAAGUUUGGAGCGGUUCACGAGGCGCAUUUACUCGCAUUGGACUAUGAAAGUGAAGAGAUUGAUAACGACGACGACGACGACGAGGAGGAGGAGGAAGGUGAUAGCAAUGAUGACAAUCAUAACCCAAAAACGAUUAGAACGAUAGAACUGAAACCCGUAGGUGCGAGCAUCACGGAAAGACUCGAAGAGAGUUUGUUUAGUAAAAAAACUUAA